AUGUCGCUCCCUUUCCCCUCCGACGAGGAGUGCCGGCCGGGCCGCGGCUGUUGCCGCUGUCCCGGUAACGCCGGCCCGUCCCCACGGCAACGCCGCCGGCCAUGGCGGGGCGCGGCGCGGCCGGCCCGGGGCGAGGGUCAGCUAAAGGGUAAAUAUAUUGACUAUGGAAGAAAAAAGUGUCUAUAUAAAGACAUAGUCACAUUUUUAAGGGAGAGAUCACCUAGAUUUGUAGCAAACAUGGCUAAACAGGAAUAUAGUUUUUGUAAAGAACCAGCACGCGAGAAGAGCUGCCAGCGUGUGGAAGGUGCUGAGAUUUCUGGCCAAUUGCGGAGCCUUCAGGAUUUGACAGAGGAGACUGGGAAAGGGAAAAGUUCUUCGGCGGGAUCCACUGCCCAGAGGUUAAAACCAUGCAUGAAAUGGAAGAGCAGUGGGAUUUCUGCUUCUCAAAGAUAAUCCAAAUCCAGUAGUGACAAGGCUCCAAAAAAAGGCUCUGAAGGAGAAGGGAAAAGUAGUACUGUGCCUCCGACUACAAAAAAGAAAGCCAGUGGCAAAUCUAAAACAGUUAAAAUUCAAGAAACUUCAAAAUGUAAAGCAUCAAGCAGCCUUGAAGAUGUUGGUGAAAGUUCUUCAGAGACUGAUGAAGAUGAGCAGCCUGUCCAUCGUCAGGAAGGAAACACCGAUUUGUCACCAGAAUACUGGGGAAUUCAGAAACUUGCAAAAUAUGUAAAAGGAGGUGAUCCAACAGCUACUGUAAUUGCACUGUGUUCACUGAGAGAUUUAAAUCUGUCUCAAGAAGCGUGUCAGCUGGCCAUCAAGGACACUGGGUGUCUUGAAGUGUUAAUUAAUUUACUUGAUACCGAAGAAAUUAAAUGUCAGACUGGUUCAUUAAAAAUACUGAAGGAAAUUAGCCAAAAUAUAUUGAUCAGACAUGCAAUUGCAGACCUUGGAGGCUUAGAGUUCAUGGUGAAAAUACUGGACUCUCCAGAUACCGAUCUAAAAUGUUUGGCAGCUGAAACAAUUGCCAAUGUUGCUAGAUUUAAACGAGCACGAAAGACAGUAAGGCAACAUGGAGGAAUCAAGAGAUUGGUUGAGCUGUUGGAAUCUAUUUCAGUGGGAUCGUCAUACCAAGCCGAAGACACUGAAACAGCACGCUGUGGGGCUUUGGCACUCUGGAGCCUCAGCAAAAGCACCAAAGCCAAGAGAGCAAUCCGUAAAGCUGGUGGCAUUCCAUUGCUAGCUAGAUGGCUCAAAUGUUCACACACAAACAUCUUAAUCCCAAUAGUGGGGACACUACAAGAAUGUGCAUCAGAGCCAAGUUACAGACUUGCAAUAAGGACAGAAGGCAUGAUUGAGGACCUAGUGAAAAAUCUGAGUAGUGAACACGAGGAGCUCCAGAUGAAUUGUGCAAGUGCCAUAUUUAAGUGUGCAGAAGAUGAAGAAACACGUGACCUGGUUAGAAAACAUGAAGGUCUACAACCACUAUCUGUUCUGCUUGAUAACACUGAAAACAAACAACUUUUGGCAGCUGUGACAGGAGCAAUCUGGAAAUGUGCAAUCAGUAGAGAAAAUGUGUUAAAAUUUCAGGAAUAUAAAACUGUAGAAGCUUUGGUAACACUGCUUACUGAUCAGCCUGAAGAGGUCCUUAUAAAUGUCAUUGGAGCGCUGGGAGAAUGUUGCCAAGAGCAAGAAAAUAGAGGCACUAUCCGCAGAUGUGGUGGAAUUGCACCUAUAGUGAAGUUACUGACUGCAACUAAUCAUGCCCUGCUUGUGAAUGUCAACAAAGCAGUGGGAGGUUGUGCAAUGGAACCUGAAAAUAUGUCGAUAAUUGACAGUUUAGAUGGAGUUCGCUUGCUAUGGUCAUUGUUGAAAAAUCCUAACCCAGAUGUUCAAGCAAGUGCAGCUUGGGCUCUUUGUCCUUGUGUUGAAAAUGCUAAGAAUUCUGGGGAAAUGGUUCGAUCAUUUGUUGGCGGCUUGGAACUGAUAGUCAAUUUGCUAAAAUCAAAGGAUAAAGAAGUUUUAACAAGUGUAUGUGCAGCCAUUGCAAAUAUAGCUAAAGAUCAAGAAAACUUAGCUGUUAUGACAGAUCAUGGAGUUGUCCCUCUGUUGUCCAAGCUAGCAAACACAAACAAUAACAAGUUAAGACGUCACUUAGCAGAAGCCAUUGCCCACUGUUGCAUGUGGGGCAGCAAUAGAAUUGCCUUUGGAGAGACCAAGGCUGUGGCUCCUUUAGCACGUUACUUGAAGGCAAAGGAUCCAUUAGUUCAUAGAGCUACAGCUCUGGCUUUAUAUCAACUUUCAGAGGAUCCCAGCAACUGUGUCAUCAUGCAUGAAAAUGGAGUGGUGAAGCUCCUACUGGCCAUGGUAGGCUCUACAGAUGACGCUCUGCAGGAGGCAGCAGCUGGUUGCAUAGCAAACAUUCGCAGAUUGGCUCUGGCAACAGAAAAAGCAAAAUAUGGCUGAUGCUUCAGCAGCUUUUACCAACACACUUGUUUAGCAAUUCAGCUACAUUUAAAUACACAAUUACUCCUUCUAACAUCUGUAUUUCAUAGCAGAGCUCAUCUAUCUGAAGAUAAUUUAAUAAAAACAAAUC